UGUACGCCCCCCAUCCCUUCCCCUGCCCCGGUUCCCGCUCCUAGCAGGGACCUUUCGGCAGUCACUUAGGGACGGGGAACUCCGCGAAGUUGUUUCCCCCUCUUUGUUCCAAUCUUUGUCGGGCGUGCCUGCUGCUGCUCGAUCUGCCAAGGUGGGCUCUGACUCCUGAGCAGAGCCCAGCAGAGACUCCAGAGCAGAGGGCUAGAGAGAAAAGUGACCCCAGAGGGGGUCAGGCAGGAAGAAAGCCUAAACCAGCCUGUCUCCAUCCCACUGUGGGACCCAAGGAUGCCCGGGAUACCCAGAUCAGUGUCUCCUCUCGCUCUGUCCUUCGAACUCCUGUGGGACUCGCAAAUUUCAUGUAGGGAAAUGAGCACACUGCCAGUAAACCAGCCUGGAUUCGGGUCUAGGUAGGGUCAUCUAUAGCUGGAAGGGACGGACUUCAGUGACCAUGGAGGCUACUCCACCGCAACAUUUUACAGUGGUGGAAACCGAGGCCCACAAAGGUCAUUUAUUUAGGUCUUUUCCAGUCAUGGAUCCAUUUUCCUUUGAUUACUCAGAACCGGGGAAUUUCACAGACCUCAACUGGACAUGCACCAAUGGAGACUGCAUCACUGUGGACACCAUCAUGUGCCCCAGUGCAACAGGCCGAAACAUCCUGUCGUAUACCCUUUCCAUCUUUUAUAUUUUCAUCUUUGUUGUUGGCAUGAUUGCCAACUCUGUAGUGGUCUGGGUGAAUCUCCAGGCCAAGACGACAGGUUAUGAAACUCACCUGUACAUCCUAAAUUUGGCCAUCGCUGACCUGUGUGUGGUCGUCACCAUCCCCAUCUGGGUGGUCUCCUUGGUCCAGCACAACCAAUGGCCCAUGGGAGAACUCACCUGUAAGAUCGCUCAUCUCAUCUUCUCCAUCAACCUCUUUAGUAGUAUCUUCUUCCUGACCUGCAUGAGCGUGGACCGAUACCUCUCUGUGACCUAUUUCACCAACACCAGCAGCCACAAGAAAAAGGUUGUCCGCAGGCUCAUCUGUAUUCUUGUGUGGCUACUGGCCAUCUGCGUGUCACUGCCAGAUGCUUACUAUCUGAAAACUGUCACAUUGGCUGCCAACAAUGAAACGUACUGCCGGUCCAUCUAUCCAGAGCACAGCAUCAAGGAGUGGCUGCUGGGCAUGGAACUGCUCUCCGUGGUCCUGGGUUUCAUCAUCCCUUUCUCCAUCAUCGCUGUCUUCUAUUUUCUGCUGGCCAGAGCAAUCUCAGCCUCAGGCGACCAAGAGAAACACAGCAACCAGAAAAUCAUCUUCUCCUAUGUCGUCGUCUUCCUCAUCUGCUGGCUGCCCUAUCAUGCUGUGGUGCUCCUAGACAUCUUCUCCUUCCUCCACUUUAUUCCCUUUAGCUGUCAGCUGGAAAACUUCCUCUACACGGCUCUGCACGUCACCCAGUGUCUGUCCCUGGUGCAUUGCUGUGUCAACCCAGUCCUCUAUAGCUUCAUUAACCGAAACUACCGGUACGAGCUGAUGAAAGCUUUCAUCUUCAAGUACUCAGCCAAAACGGGUCUCACCAAACUCAUAGAUGCGUCCCGAGCAUCAGAAGCAGAGUACUCCGCGUUGGAGCAGGGCGCCAAAUGACCGGGGAGGUCUGUCCCCAAAGACAUCCUUUAGAACUUCUGUGCUUGACUUUCGCAGGGCACAGAAGAAAGCUAAACCGGCUUCUAGUUGGGUGGAACCAUUCCUAUGGAGUCAUCUGUUUGUUUCUUCUCAGUGCCUAUGUAUGUGUCCAGCCCCAACCAUGGAAAAGGAAAGUUUUGCAUCCAACAGAGCCUCUGUGUGCUGUUGGAGAUGUCAUACUCCAAUUGAAGAUGUUGUGAGAGAGUGCUCCAGAGUUCACUGUAUAUUUUGUAUGCUAUAUUGUAUUUAAGACCGAAGACUUCUUUUUAUUUUCUGGUUAGCAGUGUAUCUGAAUACAUUGUAUUUGAAAGUUAAAUAUAUUUUUAUCUCCUAUUUGAAAUAUAAAGUUGACCUGUGUAUCCAGAGUGAUGUAGUUUAAAUGUCUGCAUGGCAUCAUUUUUGACUGUUCUAUGACUAAGGAUGACUUUCAUUGUUAACUGUAUGGAAAAUAUAUGUAUAUAAAUAUCUAUCUAUCUACCUAUCUAUCUAUAUAUCUAUCUAUAUAUGUUGGUCUUGAUUGAAAUGUUUUAUUUACAAUAGCUUUAUAUGUGUAUGGUGGUAUACACCAGCAUGGGGCAUGGAACAUGAGCUGUUUGCUUUAAAAUGUAGCCUGUGGCAUGAACAGUAUUGUAAAGUUAGGCUUAAUGCAAGACCUUGGAUCCAAGUGGUUACUAGAUCCACAGAAGGAACAGAGAGGGCUUAUUGCAGAAAGUUCUAUUUGUAACUUAUUUUUUAAAAUAAAAGUCUUUGUUCCAAAGGCA